GACGUGCUGUCCGGCCUCCCCGCGACCACCUCCGCCGUGCCGUCCCUCCUGGACGUCUUCCACAACCACAGCCUCCACCUCGACGCCACCGACCUCGUCGCGCUCUCCGGCGGGCACACCGUGGGGCUCGGGCACUGCGCCUCCUUCGAGGGCCGCCUCUUCCCGCGCCCCGACCUCCUCCGCAGGCUGAGGCGAACGUGCCCGGCCAAGGGCACCGACGCGCGCACCGUGCUGGACGUGCACACGCCCGACGUGUUCGACAACAAAUACUACGUCAACCUGGUGAACCUGGAGGGGCUCUUCGUGUCCUGCCAGGACCUCUUCACCAUCGUGGAGCGCUUGGCGCGCAGCCAGCGCUACUUCUUCAGCCAGUUAGGCGCGUCCAUCACUACAGGAAAAUCUCGGUUUCCCGUGUGUUAG